GGCCCUGCCAGUGAGGUGGGGCGGUUGAAGGGCGGUCCAGAGCCCCCAUGGCAGGCGGGCGCCAGUCCAGGCCAGUGCCUGGAGACUCAGCGCCCUGCCUCCCGGCAAGCCUCGAGCCACCCAGACGACGGACCGUCCUUUAGGGGGUGUGGACGUCCUGGCCUGUGCGUGGGUAAGCCUAGUCCUCAGUGGGGCCUUCCCUGUCUCAUUCGAUUCGCAGUCGGCCCGACGGCUCUGGAUCGGGAGCGGCCUUCCCUAGGUCCUGCCCUGCCCAGCGGGCCCGAACUCGAGCUGCCCCGGCUGGGGCAGUUCCCUGUCCCACGUGCAGCCAUCGCGGGACCCCGUUGGCCGUGUCCUGCGGCCGGGCACGUGGCCGUGGCUUACUUCCAGGUCUGUGACAGUGCCUGGGGCCUCCGGCGGGAGGAAUGCCACAUCUUCCAGACCAUAGACAUGUUCGUCGGCCCGACGGCUCUGGAUCGGGAGCGGCCUUCCCUAGGUCCUGCCCUGCCCAGCGGGCCCGAACUCGAGCUGCCCCGGCUGGGGCAGUUCCCUGUCCCACGUGCAGCCAUCGCGGGACCCCGUUGGCCGUGUCCUGCGGCCGGGCACGUGGCCGUGGCUUACUUCCAGGUCUGUGACAGUGCCUGGGGCCUCCGGCGGGAGGAAUGCCACAUCUUCCAGACCAUAGACAUGUUCGUCGGCCCGACGGCUCUGGAUCGGGAGCGGCCUUCCCUAGGUCCUGCCCUGCCCAGCGGGCCCGAACUCGAGCUGCCCCGGCUGGGGCAGUUCCCUGUCCCACGUGCAGCCAUCGCGGGACCCCGUUGGCCGUGUCCUGCGGCCGGGCACGUGGCCGUGGCUUACUUCCAGGUCUGUGACAGUGCCUGGGGCCUCCGGCGGGAGGAAUGCCACAUCUUCCAGACCAUAGACAUGUUCGUCGGCCCGACGGCUCUGGAUCGGGAGCGGCCUUCCCUAGGUCCUGCCCUGCCCAGCGGGCCCGAACUCGAGCUGCCCCGGCUGGGGCAGUUCCCUGUCCCACGUGCAGCCAUCGCGGGACCCCGUUGGCCGUGUCCUGCGGCCGGGCACGUGGCCGUGGCUUACUUCCAGGUCUGUGACAGUGCCUGGGGCCUCCGGCGGGAGGAAUGCCACAUCUUCCAGACCAUAGACAUGUUCGUCGGCCCGACGGCUCUGGAUCGGGAGCGGCCUUCCCUAGGUCCUGCCCUGCCCAGCGGGCCCGAACUCGAGCUGCCCCGGCUGGGGCAGUUCCCUGUCCCAUGUGCAGCCAUCGCGGGACCCCGUUGGCCGUGUCCUGCGGCCGGGCACGUGGCCGUGGCUUACCUCCAGGUCUGUGACAGCGCCUGGGGCCUCCGGCGGGAGGAAUGCCACAUCUUCCAGACCAUAGACAUGUUCGUCGGCCCGACGGCUCUGGAUCGGGAGCGGCCUUCCCUAGGUCCUGCCCUGCCCAGCGGGCCCGAACUCGAGCUGCCCCGGCUGGGGCAGUUCCCUGUCCCACGUGCAGCCAUCGCGGGACCCCGUUGGCCGUGUCCUGCGGCCGGGCACGUGGCCGUGGCUUACUUCCAGGUCUGUGACAGUGCCUGGGGCCUCCGGCGGGAGGAAUGCCACAUCUUCCAGACCAUAGACAUGUUCGUCGGCCCGACGGCUCUGGAUCGGGAGCGGCCUUCCCUAGGUCCUGCCCUGCCCAGCGGGCCCGAACUCGAGCUGCCCCGGCUGGGGCAGUUCCCUGUCCCACGUGCAGCCAUCGCGGGACCCCGUUGGCCGUGUCCUGCGGCCGGGCACGUGGCCGUGGCUUACCUCCAGGUCUGUGACAGUGCCUGGGGCCUCCGGCGGGAGGAAUGCCACAUCUUCCAGACCAUAGACAUGUUCGGUCUUGCCUGGCUCCACUUGGCUGUGCUCUCAGGUCAUGGUACCCAAGGCAGGUGGAGCAACAUCACACUGGCCUCUGGGCCUCCCACCGUGUACCAGAUGUACGAAGAGAAGGUAGCAGGUUAUCUUGGUCCUAACAAACCCAAGGUCUGUCUGAAGCUGCCCAAACCAGAACAGCCUGAGUUCCUGCUCAGCCCAGUGGCGUGUCCAUAUCCAUCUUUAACCAUGCCAUCACUUGUGGAUUGCACCUGCCGCACUGCUGGCAGUGACUGGGGUCGUGUGCAGGUGCCACACUUCUGCCUGUUUGUUUCUGCUAGUGGCACAUUGAAGGCUUGUCCUCAGAAACACUUGAAUGGAAUACUAGGUUGUCACCUGUCAAAGGUGCCAGUCUCACAUGCAGAGUUGUGGGUGAGACUACAGGGAUACACCUGUCUUCAAGUCCCAGUGGAUCCGCAAUUAGCCUCUGGUAGCAAUGAGGCCAGGCAUAGUGAUUCCUCCAGCACUUGCAGCUUUGCAGAAAACAUCGAUUCAAGAAACCAGUUGUUGCUCCACAAAGUGCCUGUUACUGAUGGCUAUCUUGCGAGCAAUCCCAAGCAGGAUAAUACCAUUGAGGGGUCAGCUACCAACAGCCAUGCAAGCCAAGUCACUGCCCACCCUGUGGGCUCCGAUGUCCUAAGAAAAGAGAUGAUCCAAAGAAAAUGCCAUUUUAGCAAAUGGAGAUUAUCAUACCGUAUCCCUGGAUUUCCACUUGAGGUGCAGAGAUAUCAGGAACUGCUGGAGCUACAGGGACCUGCACUGGCUACAAUGAAAGGGUGCAAAUAAAAGUAGCUUUCCUCAUUAAUGAGCAACAUCUUGAUAGAAAAUCCAGUCAUGUCCUACCCUAUCCACUCAAGAUUUGUUCUCCAUCAGGAUGGAAGACAUUGUUUCAGUCUCAUAUUAUUGUUACCACCUAAGGACACCUAGGCCUGAGACCUUAACUUGGGCACCUCUCAAUUCUCACCACAUAACCAACAAGAUCUGGCAACAUCCAGGAGUGAGUAACACGCUAAGUCAGACAAGUGUUGCCUCCAGCUAGAAGCAGAGUUUUUGCUGUUCAGCCUGAAUUGAAUGAAGAAGCAUUUGUCAGACAACUACAGAAUGCUGAGCAUUGACCAACGGGUGUGGCUUUGACAGAAAUUGUCAAUGACAACAAAAAGAAGCGGUAUUUUUUGCUUAAAGAGUACGUUACUGUAUUCCUUUAGUCCUGUGGAAACAAAAGCAUCUCCUCGCCUUGUUGUCACUGACAGUGGUGACAUUACCUUGUUUUGGAGGGCAUGUCAGUUUCUGGUCUCAGGAAUUUGACAAUUUCCUCAUGAUUCGCUUGGCCCUAAACAUUACUCCCAAACAGUACUCCCUGUUACUUCACAUCUGGAGGCAAAGCAUGGACAGUUUGUCCAUCAACAUUACGGUCACACUAGGAUUGGAUAUCAAGUUACAGUCAUUUUGAUAUGUAUCCAAAAGAUACUUUACUCUUAUAUUAUCAAAAACCGUAGAGACUGGCAAUUGAAGAAUGUAUAGAUACUCUAUUCUCUAUUGAUUUUUCUGCAGAGAUUUUGCCACCAAUUACUCAUCUCCGCCUGGAUUGGUUCUUAUAUUCAUUUGUGUACAUUGGAAAUCUUCUAUUUUAUUAUUUCUAUAUACUAAUAUUUAUUGAAUUUCUGUAGUAUAAGUGAACAUCCCUUCUAUUAUUCCAUACCAAUAAAUAUUUUGUUUUGUUUGCUA